CUUUCACAUGCCCAAUGCCGCGCGGUCACCGCACCAAUUUUUUCAAGGAGCUGAAGGCUUGGCCUGACGCAAGGAAGGGCCGUAUCAGGAGCCUAGAAAUUGAAACAGAACGUGAAGAAGAUGUCUCGUCUGCGUGGCUUCCAGGGCUUGAGUGUCUAAGUCUGUGGUUCUGGGAAUGGUUGAAGGGCAGUGUUGUCUUCCCUCCUCCUUUAGCAGCGCCCCUAUCACGCCUUUCACAGCUGCAGAUCAGGGCUUCGAGUGUCACUAUCCGUUUGCCUUCAUCUGUCAUGUACGUGCGGAUUCUUGCGGAGGAAUGCUUGAAGCUUAGCUUUGAGGAUGCACGGGUCUCAGCUAACAACAUGCAGGCGUUCAAGGUGUGUUAUUUGGUCAAAGCGCAGGGGCUGAUUGAUGGGGACUCUCUGGAAAGGUUUGAAGAAGCUCUGGCUCUGCGCAAUGUGUCUCUGACCUGUGAGGUAUUUCAAAGCUGGGGAUCGUCCUUAACGCGCCAAGAGCUUUGUCUGCAGUUUCCAAGCAGUCGCAGGGAUUGUCAUUGCAAAUGCUGCAUUCCAUGCUUCCUGAGUGACUCCAAUCCUGAUGCACAGGAAGAGUGUUGCUGCCCAUGGUUAGGUGGCAGCUGGUAUAAACGCAUGGAAAGGCGUGAAAGGCAGAAGCAAGUAUACGUAUUUCAAGAAGGCUUAUAAGUAAUUACGCACAGUCACACUCUUUUGAUCUCAAUCAGACUGAAUGUCCCUCAUGUAAUCAAUCAUGC